CGAAGCUGGGCGGCGAAUAGAUGACUGCGGGAUGAUAGCGCGGUUCCGCACUGCUUAGGGUCAUGUGGUCUUGCUUCCGCGCUGCUUCGCGCUCCGCUGCCAGAUUUCCCGAGACGCGCAGUCGAGUACUCAGUCAAUCGAUCAUCGCCAGAUCCACUCCGCGAGACUGCCACGUGUUCGUGCAGCCGCUGAUCGCGUGUAAGUCGCAUUCAGCGUUCGCGUGGCGAUCAGGCGAAGCCAACAGACAGUUAGUUCGCCGGUGGCUUCGCCAGCCGAGCAGCCUCGGUCCGAAUGAUUUGGCUCGGCAUCCGGUUCAGAAUCCGGUUCGGAGUCUGGUUCGGCAGGCCGAACCUCUCAGCGUUUACUGUAGGACCCCUCCGCCUGUCUCCGAUCCGUUAGCGUCCGCUCGAAGCGUCCUCUCGUGCCGAAGUCACGCUGCAGAUUGCCGGUCCGUGCCAUUAAGAGGUCGCUGCUACGCCAGCUGCAGCAGCAGCAGCAGCAGCAACGGCAGCAGCAGCAGCAGCAGCAGCAGCAACGGCAGCAGCAGCAGCAGCAGCAACGGCAGCAGCAGCAGCAGCAACCGUAACAGCGUCGAAGGACAUGGACCGAGGGUUCCUGUCAAUGAUGUCCCAAGAGACGUUAGGACACUUGGCAGCUCGAGACACACCGGCAUGCGGAAUUCACAGUGGAUCAAUCAGGCUCACCCGGGACAGGGUUACCCGGGACACGGUUACCCGAUGCAGCGGGAUCGGCUAUUUGAGGAGAGGCAGGCCAAGGAUCGGAUUCGCGGACUGCUGUGGCGAAUGCGCGAAGCAGCAGAGUCGGGUAACCACGAGCUGCUCUUGUCGCUUGCUGGCCCGCCACUGAGCGUGAGCGAGAGGCGGAUGAGGGAGAUCAGUGAGAGAAGCAACAUUGGAGUCAGCAGCGGUGAGACGAGCGAAAAGGAGAGCAGAUCUAGUCAACCUUGCAGCGGGAUAGAUGCCGGCGAUAGCAGCAGCAGCAGCAGCAGCAUCAGCAGCAGCAGCAGCAGCAGUAUGAGCAGCAUGGAGAGCACGAGGGGCAGCGUGCGCAGCAGCAGUGAGAAUGAGAGGGAGCAGUCAACAGUGAUAGAGGCUGUGGGCCUUUCGCCUGCAACACCUGAAGCUACGUCACCUGAAGCAAUACCUGACGUUUCGCCUGAGAGCGCAAUUUCUUCCUCGCCAUUAGAGACAGUGGCUGUACACGUGUCACCUGACAGCGCCACCACGCGGCCCCCCUAUUUGUUGCCCUCGAGGAACGUCCGCGCAGUGCUGCAAGCCCUGCGCCGGCAGCACGCUCCAAUGGUGGCUGUCCACGUGUACUGGAGGCUGCGGACAGCUGGACGGCUGUCGCCUCUCUGUGAUGACGUGGCGAUUGCUGCAUGCUGCGGGGCGGAGGCAGAGUAUAGACUGGCGGAGUAUGAGAGGGAGGAGAGCAGGCAGGGGAGAGGGUGGGGCGGGGGAGGGGGAGGGGAGAGGAGUGGAGUGGAGGAGGUGGGAUUAUUGGGGCGAACAGAAGGAGAUCUGGAGGUGAUGGAUAUGGACGAAGGGGAGGAGGAGGCAGAGGAGGAAGGAGAAGAAGGAAAAGGAGGUGGAGGGGUGGAAAAUGUGGCGGGGGACGAGAGGGGGCAGGAGGAACGGAAGGCGGGUGAGCAAGUCGUGAUCCAGGAUGCAUUGACUGGGACGCAAACUGGCAGCAGCAGCAGCAGCAGCAGCAGCAGCAGCAGCAGCAGCAGCAGCAGCAGCACAGUGACUGGCAGUUCAGUUGAGGGGGAGAACGGGGGGCUGCAGCAGGGCGGCAGCAGGAAACACGGCAGGAGGCAUGGCAAGCGCAAGCACCCUCCAUGGGUGUUCACCAGCCCCACUGUGCAGGCAGCUCUGGGCUGCCAGGCGCCUGCUGACGCCCUGCAGAUGAUCACUCCAGUGUGGGGGGUGGCUGGGGAGGGAUUGAUGGGCGAGGACCAGCUGGGCAGCAGCUCCCGUGCCUCCCUUCAAGCACACCAGUCCCACGCAUCCCCACACCCGGGAUCAUCCCAGGCCUCUCUACUUGGCAUGGAAGCCCGUUUCCCGGUGCUAUCUGCGCUGAUUAGGUUCGAGGAGAGGUUCGGCAUUGGCUCGAGCGCGUGGGAGGAGGUUCGGGAGCGGGGGCUGUGGGAGAAGGCAGCCAUGGAGAUUCUCGCCGAGGCUCGGAUCGAGGCUCGUUCCGAGGCUCGGGCCGAGGCCCGGAAGUUUGGAGGGGCAAUGGAUCGGCCGUACCACUUUGUGCUGAUGGCUCUGGCGCUGAGGGGGUGGGGUGAUGAGAUAGAGCAGGUGAGGGUAUGGAUGGCAGAGGACGGGGUCUCCCUGGCUCCCCGCUUCCCCGCCCUCCUGGAUCGCCUGCGGCAAUUCGGCCAGUCAAAGCCACCCGUCUCAUCCGACGCACACCUGCUCUCCAUGCUCUCAACCAAUCCGGACUACGCGGUGCACAAGCUCGCCUUGGCGCGGCAGUGGGACGACAUGCUGCUGCUGCUUCCGCACGCGCUGGCAUCGUAUUUCCACUCGCAGGGGUGGGAGCGCAUUGCCCUCUGGAGCACCACCCUGGCUGCUGCCGGCCAGGCGGGCCGCGCAGAUGUGUUCAAAGGGAUGGUGGAGGCGGCUGAAGCCACUGGGCUCGCGGAUGCCCCGUUCUUUCUGCCUGAUGGCACGCAGCUCACGCGCCGGCAGUUCAUAGGGCUGAAUUUCUGGAAGGGCUUUCGGCCGGUGAUAGAGCGGCAGGGCCGGCAGUGGGCGCCGCAGGGCGAGUUCGAGCGAUCAUGGGGGGUGGUGAGGGAGGCCGUGCAGAGCACAGGGCUGCACCCCCACGAGGGGAUUUCUUCCAUCUUCAUCUCGGUGCUGUGUGUCAACGGCCAGCUGGACAAAGCGAUGGACGUGUUGGAGGAGAUGCAGCAACUCGGCUUCACCCUCACGCCGCGCAUCUUCGACCCGCUGCUGCGCCAGCUCGCACGCUCCAAGCUCUUCAAGGAGGCGCUGGCACUGGCAGACGUGAUGCGAAAGAUGGGGGCCGGGCUCACCGUGGCGUCUUUCAGCAGCUUGAUUGAGGCGUGCCUGGAGGUGGACAAUAUGCCCAUGGCUCUUGAGGUGGUGGCUGAGAUGCGGGCCAACGGCGUGCAGCGCAACAGCUACAUCUACACUCCCAUCAUCCACGCCUUCUGCAAGCAGGGUAAGCUAUCGGCAGCCAUAAGAGUGCUUCGAGAAAUGAUGGCUGAUGGCAUCCAGCCCAACGUGGUGGUGUUCACCCAGCUCGUGCACGGCUGCGCCAUGGCGCGCAACAGAGGGCUGGGCUUGCGGGUGCACGAGAUGAUGGGGCAGCACGGGGUGCCACCCAACGACUACCUGCAUGCCGCUAUGGUGGAACUGCACCACAAGACAGGCGAUGUUAAUGGCGCCAUGCAGUACCUGGCAGCAGCGGAGGCGGCGGGGCACAAGGUGGGCGCCAAUGCAGUGAGUGCGCUGGUCGAAGCCCUGGCAGCAGCAGGCCGAACCCAAGCCGCCCUGGACGCAUACCAGAAGGGGCGGGAGCAGGGGGUGAUGCCUCUGCCGUACGCUGUGGGGACGCUGAUCAUGGCGCUGGGGCGGGAGGGCAAGCAGGAGAUGCGGAGCGGGCAUGCGCUGGUGGUGCAGACUCUGGCGUGCCUGGCUCAGAUGAACGAUGUCGAUCGCAUAUUGGAGGUGGCAGAGGCGAUCAAGGACGACCCACACCUCAACCGGCAGCAGAUCUUCGACCAGGUGCUGCUGCCGGUGGCCCGCGGUCUACCCGAUGGGAAUGGUGUGUGCUUGAUCGGAGUCAGGGAGACGCUCCGCAUGUUCCAAGCCCUGCGCACCGUGGGAGUGCAGCCGUCGCGCAUGGUGCUGGAGGCCCUCCUGGACUCAUGUGCAGCCAUGGGCGACCUCCCGCGCGCCCAGCACGUGAUGGACGACAUGCACCGCAACGACCUGCCCCCCACAAUCUUCACGCUCUUCCGCCUGUUCCGAACUGCCAUAACAGCGGAGGACGAGAAUGCUGCUUGCGAUGCCCUGCGCCAGAUGUCGCCCUCUGAUUUGUUGGACGAGGAUGUGCAGCUGCUGGUGCUUAAAGCCCUGGAGCCCUUCAUCCGGGCGGCAGCCGAUGGCGGGGAGGAGAUGGCGCUGGCCAAUGAGACGCUGCCACGUGUCAGGGAGGAGGCUUACCUGGCGAUACUGAGGGCGAAUGCACUCAAGUUGCAGGGAAUGCCAGGGGGGGAGGGGAGAGGGAUGGGGGGCUGGGUCAGGGGAAUGGGGGAGUGGGUGAAGAGAUUGCAGAGAUUCUGGCGAGUCAGCAGCAUCAACAGCUGAAGGAAAAUGCUGCUAGGACAGAACACUCCACAUGAUGAUGGUUUUGGGAUUCAGUUGUAGGAAAGUGUGAGUAGCAUAAUGUUUUGAUGGCCUAGUUUGCCAACCAUUAUAUCGGCAGUCCGUCACCAGCAGAAGGGAAUACCAGUAUGUCACCAGCGAUGAGGGUGGGUGUGGUGUGGCCAAGUGGUAUCACCAUGCGAGUGUGAUGCCACGCCAUAGUCAGCUGAGCCCAGAACAGAAAGAACUACCUGCAGGAAAUCCUAC